AUUAAAAGUCAGCAUUAGUUAAACUGGUGAUGAAUUUUGACGGACAAUUAUGGCAAUAGGUGUGCCAUCGAACUACCGUCGAUAUUUAAAUUAGGCGUCUUUAUUAUUGCCUUACGCGGACUUUUGUUACUUGUCAUCCUUUGACACGUGCACAAGUCAGUUAUAGGACUAACUUGAAGUGGUUUAGUCUAAUGUAAGUCGGCGGCUCGCCGUGUCUUUUUAGACUAUAAUCAUAGAACUUUUUUUAAUUAAAAAAGGGAGCUUUUAUAAUCAAUCUAAACUUACGAGACUCCAUAUCGAAUCAAGCCGCUUCCCCCGGGCGACGUUGCGCAUCAAGGAUUUUGAAUCGCGUCGUUGGACGCGAUGCUCUCAGUAGAACGUUCCAAGGAUCCGCAGUGAUCCCGCGAAGGGUUUAUCCCGUAAAAAAUGAGCGGCGAGUGAGGGGUAGCUUUCUUUCGCGUAGCGUCGGAUCGGAGAGCGGCGACGCGGUUUAUCGCGAACGCGAAGCGGGUAGGACGAUCGUGUCACAACGGUGGAGGGCGGCGGUACCGUGCGGGGGGUCGUCGUGGACCCCGGAGAUGACGCAGCCAUGAUGGCCUACGGGGGCACCGCUGGUAACGGGGGCGCGAUGGGCCCGACGUCCGGCGGCGGCGGCGGCGGCGGCGGCGGCGGUGGUAGUGCGGACGUCCUGGGUACCGCUGCCGGCGACUACAGCCCUCAGAGCACCCCCACACCCUUGACCGGACACUCGACGACGGCCGGCACGGUGGAGAAUGCUUACACGCCCGGCGCGACCGGGGCGGCCAGCUACAGCCCCCAGGAUAGCCCGGCGAGCUCUGCCGGGGGCAGCGGUAACGGCCAGCUGCCGAGUUUCGGUUUCACGCAGGAUCAAGUGGCGUGUGUCUGCGAGGCGAUGGUGUCGAAUGUCCAGGUUCUCCAGCAGGCAGGCUCCGUGGAGAGGCUCAGCCGAUUUCUAUGGUCUCUACCGGCAUGUACCAGGUUACACCGGCACGAGAGCGUGCUCAAGGCCAAGGCGAUCGUCGCCUUCCAUCGGGGCCAAUUUAAGGAGCUCUACAGGAUCCUGGAGAGCCACACCUUCAACCCGAACAAUCAUCCGAAGUUGCAGGCUCUCUGGCUCAAGGCCCACUACAUCGAAGCCGAGAGGCUGCGCGGAAGGCCCCUCGGCGCAGUUGGAAAGUACCGGGUGCGUCGUAAGUUUCCGCUACCGCGCACAAUCUGGGAUGGCGAGGAGACGUCUUAUUGCUUCAAAGAGAAGUCCAGGAGCGUCCUGAGGGAUUGGUACGCCAACAAUCCGUAUCCGUCGCCGCGCGAAAAGCGAGAAUUGGCGGAGAGCACCGGCCUUACCACCACGCAAGUCAGUAAUUGGUUCAAAAACAGGAGACAGAGAGAUCGUGCCGCCGAGCACAGCGGCCAGAGGGAGGAUAAAACUCACGGCGGAGGUCUCGGGGAUUCCAGCAGCGAGAGUGGCGACGAGACGAAGCGGCAGUCCGGCCAGCAGCAACAGCAACAACAGCCGUCUUCCUGCGCGGUUCAACAGCAACAGCAGCAGCAGCAACAAAUGGUGGACCAUCAGCAAACCUCUAGCAUGUACCAACUUCCGCCACCAGCUUCCGUCUCAGUUUCCAGUCCGCAUUCGUAUCACCAAGGUCAUAGCUCGACCUUGAGCCAUCCACACAUGCAGCACCACGACACGAGUAGUGAAAGCGGCGACGACAAGAGGAACCUCCAUCAUCAAUUACAGCACCAUAUCCAGGUGGGCGCUCACGGCGCUCAUGGUUUAGUCCAUCCUGCCGCCACCUUGCCACCACCACCGCCUAGCUGCGCUCAACAGAAAAGUCAGCUAGAUUACAUGCAAUACUACCCACAGGACUAUCUAAUCGGGACGCCAACCUCCGCGGAUCUACAGAAGUCCUUACCGCACACUGCAACGUCGAUGCAGAUGGGUGCGAUCGCCCCUUCUAUGGGCGGGUUGAGCCCGAUGGGCCCCUCGACGAUGCUGUCCAACACCAUGCAAAGCGUCAACACUAUGAACACCAUGUCGAUGAACGGCAUGGGCAUGGGCGCUUAUCAAGGCAUGGGCUCCAUGGGGAUGUCCACGUCGCAUGCGAGUUACCACAGCGGCCUCGUGCUGGGCGAAUACCAUUCGUUGUGACCUUGGGCCCCAAGCACUCAGAGCAAGAGGAGUCAAGAGAAGACUUAAUGCACAUCGGCGGAGCGCAAGACUUCCGAUUGAUCAAGGUAUUCAAGUAGCUUGCUCCGAAAUUUGGAUCGCCAAUCAAUUAUUACUGUUGGA